GCUCCCGCCCCGCCCCUCCGCCGCGCCGAGUCCUUUUGUCCAAGAUGGCGGCGCCGGGGGCGCUGCCUCCUCGGCCGCCGCCGCCGCCGCCGCUGUGAGGGGCCUGCGGGCCGCCCGCCCGCCCGCCGCGCCGGCGCCAUGAAGAGGCAGAGCGAGCGAGACUCGAGCCCGAGCGGGCGCGGCUCGUCAUCGUCGGCCAAGCGGCCGCGGGAGCGCGAACGGGAGGCGGAGGCGGGCGGGCGGCGGGCGGCACACAAGGCCUCGGGCGGCGCCAAGCACCUCGUUCCAACGCGGGCCCGCGACAAACCCCGCGGUAGCGGGGGCGGCGGCGGUGGACAUCGCGACGGCCGCAGCGCCGGGGACGCGAAUCACCGUGCGAGCAGCGGCCGCUCAUCAGGCUCGGGCGCCGGCGGCGGGGGACGCGGUGCCAAGGCCUCGGGGGACCCGGGCGCUUCGGGCGCUUCGCCCCGCGCGUCUCCACUACCGCCACCUCCGCCGCCGCCCGGGGCCGAUCCCGCGGGUCCCGGCUCAUCAGCAGCCGCACCCGAAUACAAGACGCUGCUCAUCAGCAGCCUGAGUCCCGCGCUGCCCGCCGAGCACCUCGAAGACCGGCUCUUCCACCAGUUCAAGCGCUUCGGCGAGAUUAGUCUGCGCCUGUCGCACACGCCUGAGCUGGGCCGCGUGGCCUACGUGAACUUCCGGCACCCGCAGGACGCGCGCGAGGCCCGCCAGCACGCCCUGGCCCGCCAGCUGCUGCUCUACGAUCGUCCGCUCAAGGUGGAGCCCGUGUACCUGCGCGGUGGCGGCGGCGGCGGGAGCAGCCGGCGAAGCAGCAGCAGCAGUGCGGCCGCCUCCACGCCGCCCCCGGGGCCACCCGCUCCCGCCGACCCGCUCGGCUACCUCCCGCUGCACGGCGGCUACCAGUACAAGCAGCGUUCGCUGUCCCCGGUUGCCGCCCCGCCACUGCGGGAGCCCCGCGCCCGCCACGCCGCUGCAGCCUUUGCCCUGGAUGCUGCCGCCGCCGCUGCCGCUGUAGGACUAUCCCGGGAGCGGGCCCUGGACUACUAUGGGCUGUACGACGACCGCGGGCGACCCUAUGGCUACCCGGCGGUGUGCGAGGAGGACCUGAUGCCUGAGGACGACCAGCGGGCCACGCGCAACCUCUUCAUCGGGAACCUGGACCACAGCGUGUCAGAGGUGGAGCUGCGACGGGCUUUCGAGAAGUACGGCAUCAUUGAGGAGGUGGUCAUCAAGAGACCCGCCCGUGGUCAGGGCGGUGCGUAUGCCUUCCUCAAAUUCCAGAACCUGGACAUGGCCCACAGGGCUAAGGUGGCCAUGUCGGGUCGGGUGAUUGGCCGCAACCCCAUUAAGAUAGGAUAUGGCAAGGCCAACCCCACUACUCGCCUCUGGGUGGGUGGCCUGGGACCUAACACCUCACUGGCGGCUCUGGCCCGGGAGUUUGACCGCUUUGGGAGCAUUCGGACCAUUGAUCAUGUCAAAGGAGAUAGCUUUGCCUACAUCCAGUACGAAAGCUUGGACGCAGCCCAGGCCGCCUGUGCUAAAAUGAGGGGCUUUCCCUUGGGAGGUCCAGACCGCAGGCUGCGGGUGGAUUUUGCCAAAGCAGAGGAGACUCGGUAUCCCCAGCAGUACCAGCCCUCCCCCCUCCCUGUGCAUUACGAGCUGCUCCCAGAUGGAUAUACCAGGCACCGAAACCUGGAUGCCGACCUGCGGGUGAGGGAUAGGACCCCCCCACACCUCCUGUACUCAGACCGAGACCGGACCUUUUUGGAAGGGGACUGGACCAGCCCCAGUAAAAGCUCUGACCGCCGAAACAGCCUCGAGGGCUACAGCCGCUCAGUGCGCAGCCGGAGUGGUGAGCGCUGGGGAGGAGAUGGGGACCGGGGCCUGCCCAAGCCCUGGGAGGACAGGCGGAAGCGCCGGAGCCUUUCCAGUGAUCGUGGGAGGACAACCCACUCCCCUUAUGAGGAACGGAGCAGGACCAAGGGUGCUGGGCAGCUUGUGGACCGAGGCUCUGACCGCACGCCUGAGCGCAGUCGCAAGGAAAACCAUUCCAGUGAAGGGACCAAGGAAUCGAGCAGCAACUCCCUCAGCAACAGCAGACACGGGGCUGAGGAGCGGAGCCACCACCACCAUCACGAGGCUCCAGACUCUUCCCACGGGAAGAAGACACGGGAGAGCGAGCGCAAUCAUCGGACCACUGAGGCUGAGCCCAAGCCUCUUGAAGAGCCAAAACACGAGACCAAAAAGCUCAAGAAUCUUUCAGAGUAUGCCCAGACACUGCAGCUAGGUUGGAAUGGGCUUCUAGUGUUGAAAAAUAGCUGCUUCCCGACAUCUAUGCACAUCCUAGAGGGGGACCAGGGGGUUAUCAGCAGUCUCCUCAAAGACCACACUUCUGGGAGUAAGCUGACCCAGCUGAAGAUUGCCCAGCGCCUUCGAUUGGACCAGCCCAAGCUCGAUGAGGUCACACGACGCAUCAAGCAGGGGAGCCCCAAUGGCUACGCAGUGCUCCUAGCCACACAGGCGACCCCCAGUGGGCCUGGCACUGAGGGGAUGCCCACGGUGGAGCCAGGCCUACAGAGGCGGCUUCUCAGGAACCUGGUCUCCUACUUGAAACAGAAGCAGGCUGCAGGGGUGAUCAGCCUGCCAGUGGGUGGGUCCAAGGGCAGAGACAGCACGGGCAUGCUCUAUGCCUUCCCUCCCUGCGACUUUUCACAGCAGUACCUCCAGUCAGCACUGAGGACAUUGGGCAAGCUAGAGGAAGAACACAUGGUGAUAGUUAUAGUAAGAGACACAGCCUAGCCUGAACCUGUCUUUUCCACAAAAGCAGUUAUUUUAAGGUCUGACCCCACCCCCACACCCCCGCCUCCCCCCCCCAACUCCAAAACGUACCCCCUUGGUUUGAAUUCUCUGCUGCGUUAUUUCGGUUCAUUUGGUAGGGGACCAAAGUCCUGUCCCCCACCAAAACUAUAAAUUCUUAGGUUUUGGGGUUUUGUUUUUUUUUUUUUUUUACAGUGAUGAGAAAAAUGAGAAGGGACUCCAGUCAUGUUGGUUUCUAGUGUAUGAGAUACUGUCUGCUGUGUUCUGUAUUUUUUUAUUUUUUGACUAACUGUAUGGAAAGUUGUCAGUAAAACCUUUGUCAGAGGAUGGAUUUUUAAUCCUGUUCAGA